GUGGGUUAUUAGUUGCGCGACAACAUUGAACGUAGUAAGACGCUUAUCGUCGUUCGCUUCGCACCCAAACUAGCGUGCUUCUUCACCUGCUGCUACUGUGGGCCAAUUAGUUGGUGUGUGCGCGCGCGAAGACCCGAGAUCGGAGAUUUUCCCCCUUUCCGCGCGGGUUUGAGCGCAGCGUGUGUGCGUGUGUUAUCAGCUCGGGAGAUUGGGAAGGAUUUUCCGGAACAGGUUAUUCAGUUUCGUCGAUACAGCCGGUUUGGACGGUGCAAUCUCGGUGCUGAGCAGCGCUUCCCGAUCGAACAACCGGUCGCUUUUUGGUGCAAAUCCUGACGAAAACAGUUGAUGAUUAGUUAUUUUUUGUGUUUUGUUUUGUGAAAGACGCAAAAUCAGUGUUGUGCUAAUCUUUGGAAACAGUCGAAAUCAGAAACGCGAAAAACAGCGGCUUAAGUUAAGCCGGCAAUAUAACAUACACGACUUUACGUUGCUUGCCUCUUGUGUCAGCUUCUUUGGGGGCCCGGUGCGGUGUGAUCUUGAAGAAGCGAACUUCCCGCGAAUUCCGUCAGCCCUCCCAGUCAGUGGAGGUAACGAUACUAGAGGAGUGAGAGCAAGCACUCUACACAUAUGUGUCACGCCACGGCCAAGCCGAAACGACGACACACUCGGGGAAGCGGACGCGGUCGAAACAAAACAUGAUAAAUUUGUUUUUGUGUUAAUUUUUAAUCUGAUUAAAGAGAGGGUUAAUUAAUGCAUUUAACAUUAAUUCGCGAGCGCCGUAAGAACGUUCGGACGAGUUCAGUAUCCAAGGUUCAGGGAAGAUGCUAUGGGUGUUUUUUGAAAAGUUGAAUUUAUGGUGAUUGUUUCGGUGGACCUGAGCGAGGGCAGUGGGCAGAUUAUCCCUUCUCCGGUAACAACAUUGAGUGCGAGUGAAGUUUGAUCCCAUGUUUGUGUAACUCUGUAACAGAUGGUGCCAACGACAACCGGUGGGUGGAAGAUAGUGCAAGUGCAUAGGUUAUUGAUAAACGAGAAACUGGUGCAACCGGACAAUUGAAACUAGAACGGCACGGGCGCAUGUUCUUUGGCAUGGAUUUUCAGAGUGCAAUGGAAACCUUCGCCGAAGCAUGGGUCGCUGCAAGCGCUGGAGCACAGCAACAAGCGUUAGCUCUGACACGUCCUAAAUCGCCGAAGAAAGAAUCCUCCGUACCGGUUUCUCCCUCGAAUGGUCGGGAGGUGGAAAUGUCCAGCCCGAAAGUGCAUCUCUCGUCGUCGUCCUCGUCAAACAUUUCGGAUCUUGCAGGUGCCACAGCCGUCGCUGCGGCCGCCGCCGCCGCUGCCGCGGCUCUCAACGCUAGUGAUAAUCUAAACUUGUCCGCCAAUUCUGCGUCCAAUCUGAACGCCAACGGUGGUACCUUAUUGAACAGAAGUACCACCCCACAGCUGCACCAUCAGCACCAUCACCACCACCCUCACCAUCCAACGAUCAGCGUUUCACAGUCGCUGAUGGGAUCGAAUGCCACCCGCUCGCUGACGCCUCGGAUUAGCGUGUCUGCUUCCCUAACGGAAAACGGGGCCGGCUCCGGGGCCAGCAGCAACAACAAUAGCAACAGUAACAUUCCAAACAGCGCUGCCAACAGUGCUGCCGGCAUCCAAGCGCCUCCAAAUCCAGCGAACGGAGCCGCUGACCGAGGGGUAGUGCCCCAAUCGCCGGUGGCGGCCGUUGCAGCCGCAGCCGCCGCCAUGCAAGAUCGGAAGGAUUUCGAUUUCAGCAAAGUCAACGCUAAAUCCUUGCCACUUCAUUGUGUGGUUGAGUCGGUGAGCUCCCUGCAGGCAACGUUGAACUUUGACGCCCGGAGUCCCUGGAAACGGCGACCGAACAUCGAAACCGACAGCUACGUCAUCAUCCCGGCAGCGACGCCAUUCUGCGAUAUCGUCACAACAGCCCUGCAGCGGCUUGGCUAUUCCUCGGAGAUUUCCAACGCAGCCAGAGGAUCAAUCUCCAUCAAGAACUGGAAGGCCCUCUCGUUGGACGCCAUCUCCGAUAAUCCGCUGGUCUCGGUGAACGACAUCCUCGGGGAAUUGACCUCGGUAGUCACGCUCAAGAUCACCAUCCUGCGGAACAAACCCACCCAGCUGGCGGAGAUCAAGGAUAAGCUGCUCAAGUUGCUAAUUCUGCAAUCACAUGCCGUUCUUCGGUCCACCGGCUGCCCUCUGGAUGAGAUCACUCUCUCGCAAAUUUGUCGCAGUCCGCUACAAAACACAUUCCCCUUCACGCCGGAAAUCACCGAUGAAGUCCGUCGAAAGUUCGAUCAAUGGUGGAGCAACCAGCUAGCUCCACAACCCAACCCUAUCGCCCACAAGAUCCUCCCAUUUGCCAAUGCCCAACCGAGCGAGCUGGAUUUUUCCAAUUUCAACAUGCAUGACGCCAGGGCGGAAUCGCUAAUUGAUAGGGCAGCAAAUCCCCACCACAACCUUGUGGUGCAUCCUGCCCUGCAGACGGUUCACUCCCAAUAUCCAAAUCAAAAGACCCGCAUGCGAACUAGCUUCGACCCGGAACUGGAACUACCCAAACUGCAACGAUGGUUCCAGGAGAAUCCUCACCCUUCCAGACAGCAAAUCCAGUCGUACGUCGUUCAAUUAAACUCACUGGAAUCCCGAAGGGGGCGCAAACCUCUGGACGUCAAUAACGUCGUGUACUGGUUCAAAAACGCUAGAGCCGCCCAGAAGCGGGCAGAAAUGCGGCAAGGUAUGAGCAACGGUUACGGGAACCCCAACAUGAUGCUCUCUCAACCGGACUACAUGAAAAGCUCUCCCAGUGCCCCGUCAGAAGACAUCGACAAUCUAUCGCAGGACGAAAUGGACGAUGACCUGGACCGACCAAUGUCUCCACAGCUCCCGCUUUCCCUCACCAUCCACGAACGCAAUCGACCGCUAACCCCUACCGAAGGCACUCCCAUCAAACAGGAAAAUAACCCAACCUGUUCCAGUCCCCCACCUUCCCCACCUCCAUCGAACAACCUCAACUCUAGCAACAAUAACAACAACAACAACAACAAUCCCAACGAAUCGGCCAACGACUCCACCAGCCAAAACGAGGCACCAAAAUCAAACUAUUCGAACGAACGUUCCAGCUCCCCUCAGCGAUCGCGCUCACCAGUUUCCGAAGAUCUGGACAUGGACGAACCCGAAGGUUCCACCAUCGACGAUUACCGUUCGCCAUCGCCCGAUUCAAAACGUAAUCUCCCCUUCCCGAUCAACAAUCCCAUGUUCUCGCACUCGAUCAUGUACAUGAGCCACUACAUACCGGCCAUGCAGGCCAAUGCAGCUGGCAUGCAUCUGAAGAACGAUCUUAGCCCCACCAAUCAUGCCGCCCUGGGGCAGGGAGGCCUGAAUCUGUCGUUCAACAGUGAUGAACGGCGGAAACGGAACAGGACUUUUAUCGAUCCGGUCACCGAGGUACCGAAGCUGGAACAGUGGUUCUCGAUGAACACCCACCCGUCGCAUAAUUUGAUCCUGAAGUACACGGAGGACCUGAACCGGAUGCCGUAUCGCCAAAAGUUCCCCCGCCUGGAGAGCAAGAACGUCCAAUUCUGGUUCAAAAAUCGCCGAGCCAAAUGCAAACGCCUAAAGAUGUCGCUCUACGAUCCGGCUCAGCUCGCCAACCUGGGAGAGCAGGCUCACCUAGCAAAUUUGCACGACAGCUCUCACCUGGCUCAACUGCACGAGGCAUCCCAAAUGCAUCAGUUUCAUCACGGUGGCGAUCGGGAAUAGCUCCCGCUCCGCUACUACUAGAGCCAACCGGUAGCACAGCUUCCUUUCAUUGAAAAUAGUUUCAACCAAGUGAUAUAACAUACUAUCGACAAUUCGUAAUGUAGGGUUCCCGCAUCCUGGAAUCACGGUAACUUUCUCUCACACCCACAUUCGCUGUAGAAGUUUUCGCUCAAUAGUUGUAAGUAGAGUUCUAACAGAUUCGAUAAAUCGAAGUCCUAGAUAAAACUAUAAAUGAAUACCAAAGAACGAAGGAUUUCUCCUGUAUUUUUUAUUAGAAAAAUG